AUGGCGGAUUAUGCAAAACGUCAAUCGCCGCGAUUCUUCUUCUCUAAACGCAGAUUUCGCGUUUUCUCGCUAUCCAAUAACACAUUCUUCGUGCGUCCUCUUCGCAGGGUCUUUGUUCUUCCUGACAUUACGGCUCUGGUCGUGUCCCCUGCUUUUCCUCUUUCCAUGUCUGAAAUGGAAGAAGAAAGUUCGAUUUCGCUUCGUCAGCUUAUGGCUAAUGAAGGACUUGUUCCGUCUCUCGAAGAUGAAGAGAAACGAAGAGUUGUGAUUAGUAAGCUACAAAAGAUUGUAGUGAAAUGGAUUAAGAAGGUUGCUUGGCAACGCCGUCUCCCGAAUCACCAGAUUGCAGCCACAAACGCUACAAUAAUAGCUUAUGGAUCUUAUGGUCUUGGGGUUCAUGGUUCUGAAUCAGACAUUGAUGCUCUGUGCAUUGGUCCUUUCUUUGCCUCUAUAGCCGAGGACUUUUUCAUUGUCUUGCGUAACAUGUUGAAAAGCAGACCAGAAGUUUCCGAGGUUCUUUGUGUUAAAGACGCGAAAGUUCCUCUUAUCCGCUUUAAAUUCGAUGGGAUCUUGGUCGAUCUUCCAUAUGCUCAGCUUAGAGUACUAUCCAUUCCAAAUGAUGUAGAUGUGCUUAAUCCAUUCUUUUUGAGGAAUAUUGAUGAGACAAGUUGGAAAAGCUUGUCUGGAGUUCGUGCAAAUAAAUGCAUACUUCAAAUAGUGCCUUCCUUGGAGUUAUUCCAAUCAUUGUUGCGGUGUGUCAAAUUAUGGGCGAAGAGGCGAGGUGUAUACGGUAAUUUGAAUGGAUUCUUUGGAGGAGUUCAUAUGGCUAUUCUUGCUGCUUUUGUUUGUCGAUAUGACCCGGAGGCUACUUUGAGUUCCCUUCUGGCAAUAUUCUUCACUACAUUUGCUUAUUGGCAAUGGCCUACACCGGUGGUGCUGCUAAAGGACACUUAUCCAGCUACCGGGUCUCCUCCAGGCUUAAUGCCCAUCCAAUUGCCGUGCGGUUCACAUCAAUACUGCAAUUCCAACAUAACAAGGAGCACAUUUUACAAGAUAAUGGCAGAGUUUCUCCGAGGGCAUAAUUUGACAAAGGACUACUUGAAGCCAAACUUCAAUUGGAAGAAUUUGUUUGAGCCAUUUCCAUAUGCAAAUACGUACACUUGGUUUGCUAAGAUACACCUCUCAGCUGCUAAUCAGGAAGAUCUCAGUGAUUGGGUUGGUUGGGUUAAGUCACGAUUCCGCUGUCUUCUGAUCAAGAUAGAGGAAGUGUAUGGCAUGUGCGAUCCAAACCCAACAGAGUAUGUAGAACCCUAUGCAAAGCAACCAAACAUUGUAUUUUACUGGGGACUACAGCUCAGAACUAUAGAUGUUUCGAACAUAGAAUCCGUGGAGACAGACUUUCUGAAGAAUCUCAACAACGGAAGUUUCCAGGGACCAGUUGGUAGAAUCCAGUUAUCGGUUGUGAAAGCAUCUCAGCUGCCAAAAAACAGCGAGUGUGGUAACAACAAAAGAAGCAAGAAGAUGACAAAGGCUUGUUGGAGAAUCCGGGAAAAUAAGCAAUGCAAGGAAACACCGGUUUACUCGCAGCAUUUGCCCGGUUAUGUGGUUGGGUAUGAGAAGAUGAAUAACAGAGAUACUGAGAGUUUAUAG